UGCCGGGCUAGUGAGGCUGCAGCGAAAGGUGCGCUGGCAAGCGGGUGUUGUGGGCUCUGUUGCUGUCCCUGCGCCACCGAGAUGCCGCAGUUGAGGUCAGGGAAAGUGGUGAGAGCCGGCGAGGUGAAGCCGGUUGACCCUGAGGUCAGCAGACCCGGCUCUCCGCGGGCAGGGUGUGAGCCAGAGGGGAAGCUGGUAGUCAAGAGGAGUCGUCGCCUGGCACCAAAGAAAAAGCCUGAGCAGCCCUUACCUUCCUUUCCACAACCUGACGUGCUCUCUCUCACUUCCUUCAAGUGUUUUGCUCUUCCUGUGCCUAUGCAUAAGGAGCAAGGUGAGAACAGACAGAAAUUCCCAGGUAGAAAAACCAAGGGAAUCCAGCAGAGGAAGUCUCCCCGAAGAAGCAAGGGUGUAGCUUCACUAAUUUCAGACACAGCUGAGUGUGAAGGUUGGCAAGCCACGGCUGCAGCAAUGUGCUGGGAAGAGACUCUAAGUGGGACAGGUCAAAGUCAACAGCUGUUUUUCUCAGGAACUACUUUGCAGAAAAAGUUCUCAGCAGGGAUUGAAAGGAAUGAACAUUACUCAGAAGACCUGAACUUCUCAGGUUUCUGCAAGGGUUCAGGUAGCUCAGGAACAGAAGGCAAACAUUCCUGUAUGGAAGUAAAAUUACAAGUCCCAAACUUGAAGAGGGAAAUUGAGAGUACAGAAAGACAUGGAAUAUCAUGUUUUCCAGAACCAGAAGUUCUUCGACCCAAAAAGGUCACAUGGAGUACUGAAGUGAAAUGGAGUGACUCUACAAAGACGCAGAAUAUGCGAAUCCCAGAUUUUAGGAAGAAUUUGGGUGCUCAGGAAGUUGUCCCUGAACCAAAACCUCAGGAGAAGGUUGAUAUACUAGAGAAGUUGAAUGGGUGUCCAUUAGUUGGAUCAAGAACACUAGGGACACAGGAGAAAGAAGGGAGAUGCUUGGGCAAGAAAGGCAGGAGAUCAGUGGGGAAACCAAAAGUACAUGGUCCUAAGGAGAGGGGUAAUUCUGCCUUGCUAAAACAGCAUACACAGUGUCCAGAGUCCAGGAAAGGAGCUCUGAGUAUGAGGAACAGAAAUGCCUUGCUGUCACAGCAGCUGCAGGACCUGCAUGGACAAGAGCAACCAACGACCAAAAGAAAGAUUCAGAAGUGUUGCAUGAAAGAAGAGCAGCAGAGCUCGAGCCCUCAGAAGCGACCACACAGCCCAGGGGAAAGUGCAGAGGAACAGUUGAAAGCAAUUGAGCAAGACUCUGGUACUUCACAGGCUGUAAAGAAGGUUAAGACAAAGCAAAACAGGGUAGAAGAUUCUAAGGAAAAGGAAUCUCACUAUUUUAAAUCUACGGUUUCUACUUCAGGUGGCACUGAAAGCAAGAGCUUUCUAUGCCAUGCUGUAACAGAAGAGCCCAGUGUGCAGUGUAGAAAAAGGCGAGACAGAUCUGUUAAAAUCAAGCAGUUGCAAAGUUUAAGUGUGACUGCAGCUGAAGAAGUGAUGAACACAUCUGCAAAAUGUGGUGCUGAACGUGGCAGUAAUGCCCUAAACCGUUGUAGUGGCCUGCUCUGUGCAGCCGAAAAGAAUCCAUUUGUGGUAUUAGAGGACUGUAGUUACAUCAACACAUUAGUGAAGCCUUCAGCUAGUGGAACUACCAGCAGUUAUAAAUUAAAUGGAUUCUUCCAUGUAACCCAUGGUACUGGAGACCUGAAUGAUAGAAUUUGCAGCACUAGUAGAAUGCAAAAUGAGAGAUCACUCAUAAAAGGUGGUUUAUCACCUAAGAAAGAAAAGAGUGAAAAUGAAGAAGGCUUUGUUUCAUGCUGCCUGAGUGAAAGCAGUAAGUGUUUAAGGGGAAAAAAGUGGAAUAUUGGUAGAAAGCCUAGAAAAAAGAUGAAAAUCACAGAGGAAUCUGCAGACAUGGCUAGUAAAUGCAGGUGUGAGUUACAGACAGAACCAUCAGUUGCCAUGUUAAGCUCAUUUUCAGUUUCAGGACUAAAUCAUACUCUCUCAACUUCAUGUGAUCAUACAUCAGAUUUUGAUACAGAAAAAAAUACUAAAGAAGUAAAAACUGUAUCAGCCUGGAGAAGGAAUAGUACCAAACUAUUUGAAUUUGAAACUGGCUUUAAGAAGACGUCUAAGCUCUCUGCAGUAGUAAAAGGAGAAAAUUCAAGCAGUGUGGCACUUUAUGCAGCUGCCUCAGAUAGCCUUGGAGCAUUAGCUCAGAUCCAUGAUGUUUCUGAUGGUCACAAAAGCAAGACAAGAAGAAAUUUGAACAAAGUUACUAAGAAAUUGCAGCAGUUCACCUGUCAGAGAACAAUACCCGUGACUGGUAAAAAAGUUUGGCCUGUUGAAUCUUGUGCCAGGACUUCUGAAUGGUUUCUUAAAAGUCAUAGGUUCAUCUCAGAAGGAAAAAGACUUUUAAAGGCUGCUUUUGAGGUUUCCUCUGAUAAAAGCAGUGUUAAAGCUGUGGAACAUAGUGCAGUGACUGGGAAUGUGAGACAGCUGGAUUUGCAUACGUCAUUAGCAGAAAUUACAAAAGAAAUUACACAUAAAAAGAUCGAUCCAAAUAUUGACUGUCAGGCUUCACAUGAAACAGUGGAAUCCUCUUCUGUGGAUAUUUAUGAGACUUUGACAGUGAACAAUGAAAACGGGGAAUCACCAGUUAAUACAGAUAAAAGUGCUGUGGCUUUUAACCAUGAUGAUGUGCAAAAAGUUAAAGCAACCUUGAAUUUUACAGCAAAACAAAAAGAUGAAGGAGAUGUAACAGAAAGAAACAUGUCUGUGACAGUCCAGAAUGGUACAAUAAAACAAGAAGAUAAAGAUGAAGGAGUUGUGACAAAUAGAGACCUGUCUGUGACAGUCCAGAAUGGCACAGCAAAAGAAAAGGAUAAAAGUAAAGGAGAGGUGACAAACAGAAACCUGUCUGUGACAGUCCAGAAUGGUACAGCAAAACAAAAGGAAGAAAAUGAAAGAGAUGUGACAAACAGAAACCUGCCUGCGGUAGUCCAGAAUGGUAUAACAAAACAAAAGGAUGAAAAUGAAGGAGAUGUGACAAACAGAAACUUGUCUGUGACAGUCCAGAGUGGUACUUCUGCAAGUAACACAAACAGCAGAAACUUCAGCCCUGAAGUAUCAGUAGUGAAUCAGACAUUUUCUGAUUUAAACCUAAUUAAACCAUUAACCUCUGGAAACCUGACAAAAUUCAAAAUUCCUUUAUGCAGAAACAAACCUAAAUCCAAGAAAUGGGAAUCUGUCCAUUCAUUUCAAAGCAGAACUUGUAGUCCACUAGAGCUUCUUGAAAGCACUAGUCCAGGAAGGCAGAAGACAGGUGAAAAGACUUUCUUGGUAAAAUCUGAGCAGCGUCCUCUUCCUGACAUGAGUGAUGCUGCAUCUCCAGCUUCCGUACAGAAAAAAGAAGAUGAGAUUGAUAGUAAGGACUUCCAGCACAAUGGUUCUGUCAGCCUCUCUGAUGAGAUGUCUGCAUAUCCACAUCCUCUUCUUGAUGGACAGCCAGAGCCAUCUGUGCCUGAUAUCUAUGGUACUGAAUGCGUGCUUAAAUCUGGUUUUCCUGAUCAUUCUUGGAAUGCAGUCGACCACCUUGUUGGAUUAGAAAUAAAUGGUGAUAGAAAAUCAAGAGGGAAUUUUUCACAAAAAGUCAAAAGUCAAAAUUUACCAGAUGUCCUUGAAGCUUACAACCAAGAUGUUCUUGUCAUUGAUGUGAUUCAGGAUGACCCUGACCUUUUUGGAACCAGUAAUGAAGAGGAGCUUGUGCCUGCACGCUGUGAAAAUUGUCCAGUGAAAGCAUCCUCUGCAAACUGCAUUAAAGACACAAAGGUGUAUAUUAAGCCUGAGUCUCCUGUUACCUCAGAAAAGACAUAUUCAGUAGAGAGUAGUUUUAGAUGCAUGCAAGAAUCUGGAAAGUCAAGUGAUACUGAAAAUUCCUAUAAUUUGGUGUUAAAAGCUGAAGAUAUGAAGACCCACAACUCCUCCAGAGGAAGCAGUCCUUCAGGAGAUGUUAGUGAAGACUUUCUUAAAGAUAGGCAACAGAGCCAACUAGAUGAACUUUUGACAAGUUUGGACGUGGAUGAAAAGUUCAAGCUUGCAGAUGGAGUGCUUGAUGUUGAAGAAGAAAAUAAGAGUGAAGCUGGAAAAAGUGACUGUGAAUACAAAGUGAACUGUGAAUUGCUAUCAGGAUUGCCAUUGAAUGACCAAAAAGUAAAUCUCUUCAGUGGAACUACAGAGAUGAGAUCCUGGACAAAUGGUUACAAAUCUUCAGGAAGAAGUACUUCACUGCCAUUGAAGAAUUGUGGAGAUUUUGAGCCAUGGAAUAUGGAGAAAAACGCAAGUGCUUCUCAUUCAGUCCAGCAGAUCCUUGAUGCACUUAACUUGCCCCGUAAAUACUGCAGAUACUAUUUCAUGACUUCACGUGGGUGUGAAAGAACAAAAUGUUGGUUCUGUCAUGUUCCAGGACAAGGGGAUGAAAAGAUUUGCAUGGCAGUUCUUAGGACAUACAUUAGUAUCAACAAAUCAGGCCUCCUAAAACGUGCAGUCCAGAUAUUUGUGCAGUAUUACAAAGAAGUUACUCCUGGUGUGGAUUUUGCUUCUGAAGUGGUGAAUGAUCUUCUUGUUUCAUUGCUCAACAACUGCUUGUUGCAGGAAGUAUUUCAGAUAUUGAAUGUAAUUGUACAAAUCAAGACACUGCCAGCUGUAGAAGUUCUUCUGAAAGUUUUUGAGCGUGUGGCUUCUUUGAAUAUAAGAAAUGUUGUGCCUACAUUAAUCAGUACCUUCUGUAAGCUUAUUGAUGCUGGUAUGUUCCUUGAGCUAGAACAUUUUGACUACAUUAUUAAGUUACUUCGCCAAUUGCAAGUUUCCAGUUGGGAAAUGAGUACUGUCUUGAACAUAAAAUCCAGAAUUAAGGAAAGAUAUUUUGAAAAGGCAUGGAUUUUUGACUUCAACUUGGCAGUGGCUGAAAUUCAGCACUGCAAGGAAAAAAGGGAUUGGACCAAGCUGGGAGCUUUGUAUCUUAAUGCAAGAACUGGUUGUGAACAUUUUGAGGAUCUUCAGAAAUUGUUUUUAUCUAUUGCUGAAAUUCUAACCAAGGAUUCUGAGACAGACAGACCAGGAGUCCCUUUUUGUGAUUUUGCUGAUAUAGUAAUGAAAAAUUCACAGCAUAAUAAAGCAGACAGACUGUUCAUUGGAAGGACUGGGAUAAGCGUAAUGUAUUCGUAUCACAAAGUACUGCAGUGGAUAAAGGGAAGGAAGGUUUUGGAUAAACUGCAUGAGCUACAGAUAGAUUUUACACUCUUGAAAGGACUUGUAGGUGCAGGGAGGUCAGCAUCCAGGUGUCAGAUUGUUAAUAAAGCUGCAGAAAUCUUUCUUUAUUCUGGAAAUUUGGAUGGAGCAACAAGGGUAUUGAGAGAGUCAGAGUGGAUCACAGAUGCACCAUUGUGGCCCUGUGAUAAAAUGGACAUCCUCAAUCGACAUAAUCUGUUAUGUGCAAUAGUGCACAAAUACUCGAGGAAGAGUUUGUACAGGCAGGCAUUUGAAGUUCUGCAGAACUUACCGGGUUUGCAGAAUCAUUCUGAUAUUAUAGAUGCUUCUCAAUACAGCUGCCUUUUUAAUAAGCUGGUAAAUGCCUGUUUUGAGAACAAGAACCUUGGAGUGUCAUCUUCUGCAGUAGACUUCAUGCUUUCCAAAAAAAUUGCUAUUGAUUUUGUUUUACUUAGAGGAUUAAUCACAGCUUUGGGAAGAAGUUCUUUAUGGUCCAAAGCUAGGACCUAUUACAAAAAUGCUUUAUCACUGGGUUGCUACCCAGAGCUGCAGGGAAAUUUAUAUCACAAAUUCCUGAAGAUUCCCUCUUACCUGUCUGAAGUUGAGAUGCUGUUGGCCAUUGAAAUAUUUCUUGUUUCAAAUGCCAGUGAUAUUCAAAGUUCAAGGACUACUAGUCAGACUUUUCAAAUAAUACUGAAAAGAUCUGAAGAUACAGUUCAGAAUAACAGUGCCUAUCAAGAGGCAGUGGAGAGGCUGAUCCAGGCGGCUCAUUUAUCUGAUCCAAAGCUUUUUCUUAAGCAUUUGACAAUGAAUGUUAAUAUGGAAAAAGUUUACAGGCUGGAGCAUUCAUCUGCUCUAAAAUGGCUUCAGGAGAAUAUGAAAUGGGCUGAGAAGAAAUUCCAUGUGCCAAACAGGACAAAACUUCAGUGUGGUAUGGAAAUGAGCCUGGAAAGAUGGAAAAAGUAUCCUGAAGAAUAACAUUAGGUACAGCAGAGGCAAUGCAGUUUUGCAGAGGCAGCCACUCAGUAGAUAAUAUCCAUAUUUUUGCUUUCUCUCAGUAUAAGUUAAGCUGAAAGAACUUCUGUUUGACAUUAAACAAUAUAUUUGGUAUCAUUUUUUCACAUAGGAAAUAAAAUAUGUGUUUACCUGUUUACAGAGAGAGAGAAGGAAGAAUGUGCAAAUAAAAACUACCCUGUGCUGUGCUCAGUAGCUUGGAGUAGACAACACUGUGCUCCUUCGGUAUGUUGUUGGAUGCAUGAGAAAUUCCCUCUGUGAAAAUCUUUUUUCAGUUUUCACUGAUUACACACUAUGCUAUUGGAAAGAUUAUUUUUGUUGGGUGUGGACAGUUUCUUGUAACUAAAACAAUAAUGUGGUUUGGAAGACUUACCACAAUUUUAUUUCAAAAUAUUGAUAAUUUUGAGAGUUUCAAGAUGCAGGACAGAGGUGAGA